AUGACGAAGUGCUCUAUAUUUUUAUUCAUCGCCAAACACGCGGUGGAAAUAAAACCGAGGGACCUAGUGCGUGGACGCAACCAUGUGCUAUUUUUUGGCGAUUUCAACACUGGCUAUAUCGAUUGGGAGCGACUAGUGAACUCGGACCGUCGAACAGCGCCACGUGCGCAAAGCAUUAUGGAGCUAAUGGGGGAUCUUGGAUUUACACGGGAAUGGGUGCGCGAACCAACACGUGAAGACAAAGCCUCUUUACCAAUUCAACAUCGGCGUGAC